AGAGGAAAAGAAAAAUACAAAGCUGCUCACAAAGACACAGCAGCGUAAUUCCGACCGCGAACGUAGUAUGCGUACCGUAUUUGUUGGCAAUGUACCCAUAAAAUGCAAUCAUGGUGCUUUCAAAGCCCAAUUUAAAGAGUUUGGCGCCAUCGAGAGUGUGCGUUUCCGGUCAGUAGCCGUCGCCAAGCCUAAGAUGUCCAAGAUGAUUGCGUUCGUCACCCAUCAGACCCACGCAGAGCGCACGAGUAUGAACGCGUAUAUUGUGUACAAAACAAAGGAGGGCUGUGAGGCUUGUUUAGAGAAUGCCAAAGGUGCGAUGUUCGGAGGCUACCACUUGCGCGUAGACAGAGCAGGUGGCAAUGAGAACAGGGUGCAGGAUACCAAGUCCACUGUGUUCGUCGGAGGACUGCCACCGAAUGUUGAGGACGAGAUGCUGUACCAAGCGUUCGCCCAGUGCGGAAGCGUCGAGAGCGUGCGGUGUGUACGAGACAAGGUGACCGGGAUUGGCAAGGGUAUCGCCUACGUUAAAUUCGAGAAAGAAGAAUCUGUCAGUUUAGCACUGCGAUUGACUGCCUCCGAGAUUGGCGGUAAGACCAUCCGGGUCCAGAAGGCCAUGUCACGCGACUCACAAACCAAGGCCAAAGAUAGCAAGACGAAUGAUUUCCAGGGAGCUCAAGCGCAAGACAGGAAACGAAAGGGAGGCGAUGACAAGGCCGGUAAGAAGAAGAAAGUAAGAUGGGAUAAGAAAAAAUUGGAGGAAAGAGAUGCGAAGGAGGGUACAAUUAGUAGAGCUUUGUCGAGACCGGAUCGAACUGUAUUUGAGAAACCCGCCAAACCCGAAAGGGGCGUCAAGCGGGAGAGAGAAACAAAGGAAGAAAAGGCGCAUAAAAAGGCCAAGACAACCAAAGAGGAGAAGAAAGCCAAGAAGCCCAAGUGGACCGAUGAGAAGCGCAAAGAGAAGGGAGUCAAGACAAAGGGUGAAAAGCACAGAGAGAAGAAGAUGGGCAAGGAGGGCGCGGAGAGGCGAGUGAGAAAGAGCGGCAAGGCCAGUGCGACAAAGGCAUAGAUACCACUUGUAUAAAAUAAUUAAGUACUGGAUUAUCACUGCUGGAAUGCAUAGGGAAAAGGGCGAUUUGUGCCAUCUCAAGCUUUGCGGCCG